AGAGUUCUGCUCUCACCCAAGUUUGCAGGAAGAUUCUGUCCACAGCACAGAUUACCUGGACGCUUUUCAGCGUCAACGUUUAGGAUAAAUUCAAAUCCCAGUAACUAUUCUUUGAAAAGAGAAAAAUGGACUACGUCUAUGGACCAGGAAGGAACCACCUCUUUGUUCCAGGGCCAGUUAAUAUCCCAGAGCCUGUCAUUCGGGCUAUGAAUAGGAAUAAUGAGGAUUACCGCUCUCCUGCUGUGCCAGCAAUGACAAAAGUUCUUCUGGAAGAUGUGAAGAAAAUUUUCAAGACCACUACUGGAACUCCAUUUCUGAUCCCAACAACGGGCACUGGUGCAUGGGAGAGUGCCCUUACAAAUACAUUGUCACCUGGAGAUCGGAUUGUAUCUUUCCUGAUUGGCCAAUUCAGUCUGCUCUGGAUUGAUCAGCAGCAACGCCUCAACUUCAACGUAGAUGUUGUUGAAAGCGAGUGGGGUCAAGGUGCCAAUCUUGACAUUCUGGCUUCAAAACUUGCAGCUGAUACUGCACACACAAUAAAGGCUAUUUGCAUUGUUCACAAUGAGACUGCUACUGGAGUCACCAACAACUUGGCUAAAGUGAGAAAAAUACUUGAUGACUACAGGCACCCAGCACUGUUUCUUGUUGAUGGAGUGUCCUCCAUCUGUGCCCUUGACUUCCUUAUGGAUGAAUGGGGAGUGGAUGUGGCUUUAACUGGAUCUCAAAAGGCUCUUUCUCUACCCACAGGAAUUGGUAUUGUUUGUGCAAGUCCCAAAGCUCUAGAGGCAUCCAAAACAGCAAAAUCUGUUCGGGUUUUCUUUGACUGGAAUGACUACUUGAAGUUUUACAAACUGGGAACAUAUUGGCCAUAUACCCCUUCAAUCCAGCUCCUAUAUGGGUUAAGGACAGCCCUAGAUCUCAUCUUUGAGGAAGGGCUUGACAAUGUUAUUGCAAGGCAUGGCCGUUUGGGUCAAGCAACAAGGCUUGCUGUUAAGGCUUGGGGCUUGAAGAACUGCACCCAGAAGGAGGAGUGGUACAGUGAUACCGUGACUGCUGUUCUUGUUCCCCCAUAUAUUGAUAGCACAGAAAUUGUUAGAAGGGCAUGGAAGAGGUACAAUUUAAGCUUAGGUCUGGGCCUUAACAAAGUGGCUGGCAAGGUUUUCAGAAUAGGACAUCUCGGCAACCUAAAUGAGUUGCAACUGUUGGGCUGUCUAGCUGGUGUGGAGAUGGUUCUUAAGGAUGUUGGCUACCCUGUUAAGCUGGGAAGUGGAGUUGCUGCCGCCUGUGCUUACCUGCAGAACACCACCCCUCUAAUCCCUUCAAGGAUUUAGGAUUUAAUUAUCCUUCAAUCCAUUUAGUCACUGCUUCAAAAUGCUCUGUAAAAAUGCAUAGUUGCUUACGCUGCUUGGCAAAUAUCAUAUGCUACAUACACUACUUGUACUAAACCUUCACUUGAAAUUUCUUGAAUUAAAUGUAGUGCUAUUGUUCACCAUGUUUUAUGCAUUCUCCAAUUCUAUGAACAUAACUAACAUAGUCCAGUUGACUUGUUAGAAUCAACUUCACUCUGAUAAGUACUUAAAUUGUUCCUGAUUGUCUAAGCAUGGUCUUUGCUAGAUUAUUUUUUGGUUUAGCAGUUAGAUGUCUCUGGAUUAGUUUACACCUAUACCCUAAAUGAGGUAAUAAUACUACUAAUUACCUAUAUCCUAACAUCUUACCUUUCUGAUUAUCUUUCCCUAAGCUUUGUCUGAUUUAUGUAUUUUCAGUUGCAACUGUUGGGAUGUCUAGCUGGGGUUGAGAUGGUUCCUAAGGAUGUAGGAUGCCCAAUUAAGCUUGGAAACGGAA